GUAAUGUUGCUGCUUUUUUAGCUAUAUAUGGACCACGCAUAAUAGUCCAUACAUAUAGGAAAGAAAGACAUCCUUUACACUUGCUCUGUUUGUCUUUCUGUUCAUCUGCAUCAACGACUCAUUAAUAUUAAAUUCAAGUUACAACAAAUUUAAGUUGAACCUAAGAAAUUUGAUUGUGUUAAGUUACAUAUAAUAACUUUUGUCUUGAUCACCGAAAGCAUAUUCAUCUGUGAAAUUGAUCUUAUUGCAGGUUCUAAUCCAAUGGGGUGGCUGGGCCUUCUUUUCUUCUAUCCAACACAAAGCUUGAAAUUCUCCACACCUAAGCCAUUUUUCUGCUGCGUUUUCCCAUCCUAUGAUCCAAUAGUUAUUUCCAAACAGACAAGUAUUCUUAAUGAAAGUAACCAACUUGCUAUUAGCAGUGUUAGUCAACAUACCAAACUUUCAACUGGUUGCUAUACUAAGGUUUCUGGAGAUGUUGUUACUCCCAGUAAAUCAAAAGAUGGUGAAACAAAACCAAUAACAGCAAAGGCAAAAAGUAAUAAAGAAGUGUUUUUGUUUACACAACAACGACUUCUCAUUGAUCUAGAGAAAUUGGAUCCUUGCAAGCAUGAGUCCAUAGAAAAUUCCCUUGUUACACUACAAGAAAAAUCAACAUUAUCUACGGAAGAAAUCCGUAGAUAAGCAUCAAAAUC